AUGAUAAAGGUUGUAAUGGUGAGGUGUUACCUACUCUGUUUACUAACUCUUGCACUGUGUUGUGCUUGUGGGUUAGUAUGGGCUGAUGGUCCUAAAGCUUGUGAUGCCCUAAUCAAACUUUCUACUGUUGGUGUUAAUUCUCUUGUUCGUCGUGCCAUUCCUGCGUUUAUUAUGUGUGAUGGUGAGGAUAAGGAAGAUGAUGAAUGUCACUGUAAGAAGGAAGAAGAUGGAGACACUGAGGAUAAAGAGAAUACUGUUUCUCGUGAUACAGGUGAAUUGGGUUCUUCGACUGCCACUUCAUCACGUGGUACUGACGAAUUAGUUGGUGCUCCUGGUUCUAAGCAGCAGGGUUCAAAAACUCCUGAACAGUUAAAA